CCACCACAAUUCUAAACACUGUGUGGCGCGCGCCUACUUGCUAUUCAAACUUAUGUGCUCCCACAACUACCAUUCUUCUUCGGAGUAACUAACUGAGUUUGAGAUCCGAGUCAUGGAGAAGAAGAACCCAUUCUUCAUCUCUCUCGCUUGCAAACUGCACUUCCUACCACUGUUUCGAUUCGGUCGAGUACUCUCUGUAAACUUGGUCUUAACUCACCCGCCAUGCUCAAAGGCAAGCUCAAACUUCCAGCUCCGGACAAGGUUCGGAUGCUCUUUCCCGAUCGGCUUGGAAGAUUGGUUGCUGGAUUCGACGAAAAAGGAAACGAAAUCAAAGUAUUAGAAUUCGAACUCGAGUCCGGGGAGGAGCUCGAGCCGAUUCAACCCGGGGAGUUAGGGUUUCACAGAGAAAGUGACGACGGUGACGAAGCCAUGGAUGAUGACGACAAGGACAAAAUAAUUCGGCAGAGACCGAAUCCGGUUUCGGUGUGGAAAUCCAUUUCGGACGAGGAGAAAAGAUCGGAUCUGGAAUACGAGCUUUCUCAAAGGGAGAUUAAUUUGGAAAAGUUGCAAAGAAUUGCCAGUGCUGGUAUUCCUGAUGGAGGAGGUUUGCGUGCUACAGCUUGGAAGCUACUAUUGGGUUACUUACCUUCAUCUCGUGAUCUGUGGGACGAACAACUAAAAGAGAACAGACAAAAAUAUGCUAAUUUGAAAGAGGACCUUCUCCAGAAUCCGUCAGAACAUAUGUGGAAAGAGUAUGAGGAAAGUUCGACUAAGCGAAACGAGGAGAAUGAUGCUGAUGGCCCCCUUAGGCGACAUGAAAUUUCUCAUGAAGAUCACCCUUUGAGCCUCGGUACAGCUAGCCCUUGGAGUCAAUAUUUUCAAUAUACAGAGAUAGUAGAACAGAUAGAUCGAGAUCUACAGCGUACACAUCCGGAUUUGCCAUUCUUCUCAGGGGAGUCUUCAUUUAGUUGCAAAAAUAGGGAAGCGAUGAAGAGUAUCCUUCUCCUUUUUGCAAAGUUAAAUCCUGAGAUCCGUUAUGUACAAGGCAUGAACGAGGUCUUGGCACCAAUAUACUAUGUCUUUAGUACUGACUCUGACAAGCAAAAUGCUGAACAUGUAGAAGCAGAUAGUUUUUCCUGUUUUGUUCGAAUCUUGGGCGACUCAGUGGAUCAUUUCUGCGAACAAUUUGAUAAUAGUUCAAAUGGCAUCCUUGCUACUCUUUCUCGCUUGUCCGAUUUACUAAAAGUAAAUGAUGAGCAAUUAUGGCGUCAUCUUGAAUUUACAACGAAGGUUAAACCACAAUUCUAUGCAUUCCGGUGGAUUACAUUGCUACUCACACAAGAGUUCAAAUUUGAGUCUAUCUUGAGAAUAUGGGAUACACUACUUAGUAACCCUUUCGGUGUUCAGGAUAUGCUUCUUCGAAUCUGUUGUGCAAUGCUACUUUGCGUGAAAAGCAAACUUCUAAGUGGUGAUUUUGUGGCCAAUUUAAAACUUUUACAACACUACCCUGAUGAUAUCAACGUAGAAUACCUCCUCCAGGUAGCCAAGGAUAUUAGUCCUGACACAUCUUAUUAUUGUUUAUCACUUUAAUUCAUUAUGCUUGCAUUUUUUGUAUAAUGUCAUCAACUUAUCAAACUUGAAACUGAAGUACCGAAUGAUGAACACCUAGCAUAAGAAACAUCCAUUGCAAAUAGUAAUAAGGGUAGAGUUCAUAACCAAAAGGAAUACAGGUUUUUUUUUUUU